AUGACUGGUGUAAAGGACGCGGUCAAAGAGUCCCUGCUGGGCACCCCUUUCGAAGAAUCUCACCUCUCCCUCCAGGCCAGGGCAACCUUCCUUCGACACGCUCGCAAGGAUGAGACAACCGGCGAACUCUACAUGGCCCAGGACGACUUUGUCCAGGCCAUUGCCCCAAAGCACGAAGACUACCAUAAAAUCAAGCGGGAACACUAUGGAAUCCUCUUCAGAGUUGCUGAUACCCACAGAACCGGCCGCAUCACCCUCACCGAAUGGGCGACCUUCGAGAACCUGCUGUCGAAACCCGAUGCGGAGUACGAGAUCGCCUUCCGCCUCUUCGAUACCGACCGGACAGGUACUGUCAAGUGGGAUGACUUCCAGAAGAUCUACACCAUGAGCAAGACGCCCGAUAGCAUACCCUUUGAUUGGAAUUCGGAAUGGGCUUCCCUGUACACCGGCCGCACCAAGACCCGCCACGACAUGAGCUACCCCCAGUUUGCGCAGAUGCUGCGAGGCUUGCAAGGGGAGCGCAUUCGACAGGCCUUCCACGUGUUUGACAAGGACGGCGACGGCUACAUCGAACCGGAGGAUUUCCAGCGCAUCAUCCUGGAGACUUCGAAACAUAAGCUGUCCGACUACGUGCUGGAACAUCUCCCGAGCCUGUGCAACAUUUCCGCCGGCACCAAAAUCUCCUACGCCACUGUGCGUGCCUUCCAGAAUAUCAUGCGCGAGAUGGAUAUGAUCGACCUCAUCAUUCGCGAAGCCACCGAGAAGAGCGACGAUGGUAAAAUCACCCGCUCCGAUUUCCUCAACGCCGCCGCCCGCCUCACCCGAUUCUCCCUCUUUACCCCGAUGGAGGCCGACAUUCUCUUCCACUUUGCCGGACUGGAUGCGCCUUCUGGCCGACUCUCCCAGAACGACUUCGCCAAGGUCAUUGAUGCGUCGUGGCGGACACCUCUUGCGGUGGCCGAGCAUGCCGUUGCCACUGCCUCCGAUGCAACACAUAAGGCCGCCGAAAAGACCAAGUCCAUUCUUCACAGCGUUCUGGAAUCGGUCCACCACUUUGCCCUGGGCAGUGUUGCCGGUGCGUUUGGCGCUUUCAUGGUUUACCCCAUUGAUCUCGUCAAGACCCGCAUGCAAAACCAGCGGUCCACCCGCGUUGGAGAGCUUCUUUACAACAACUCCCUCGAUUGCGCCAGGAAGGUCAUCCGUAACGAGGGAUUCUUGGGUCUGUACUCUGGUGUCAUCCCUCAGCUGAUCGGUGUCGCUCCGGAGAAGGCCAUUAAGCUGACGGUAAAUGAUCUGGUCCGUGGACACUUCGCCAACAAGGAGACCGGCAAGAUCAAGUAUCCUUACGAAAUUCUGGCCGGUGGUAGUGCCGGAGCUUGCCAGGUGAUUUUCACCAAUCCCUUGGAAAUUGUCAAGAUUCGUCUGCAGGUUCAGGGCGAGAUCGCCAAGAAUGUCGAAGGGGCCCCCCGCCGCUCUGCCCUCUGGAUUGUAAAGAACCUGGGGUUGGUUGGCUUGUACAAGGGAGCCAGCGCUUGCUUGCUUCGUGAUGUCCCCUUCUCCGCCAUUUACUUCCCCACCUACGCUCAUCUCAAGUCCGACUUCUUUGGCGAAUCCCGCACCCACCAGCUCAGUGUCAUGCAGCUCCUCACCGCGGGUGCCAUCGCUGGUAUGCCCGCCGCCUACCUGACCACUCCCUGCGACGUUAUCAAGACCCGUCUGCAGGUUGAAGCCCGUAAGGGAGAUACACGGUACACCGGCCUGCGCCACUGCGCCGCUACCAUCUGGAAGGAUGAAGGUUUCAAGGCCUUCUUCAAGGGUGGACCUGCCCGUAUCCUCCGUUCGUCCCCCCAGUUCGGUUUCACACUCGCUGCCUAUGAAGUUCUGCAAAAUUGGCUCCCCAUGCCUGGUACCCACGAACCCUCCCCCGCCGGACAGGUCGAGCCCGGUGUGGGCCAUCCCGUGGCCAAAGAGCCUCUGCCCUACCUGCGAUCACGAAACGCCCUCAAACUCAUCCUCGACCUGGAUGAGAACAUCGGCCGCGUGGCCAUCCCCAAUGCAGAAAGCUGGCCCAAGUUUAUCCGCCCCUCAAAACCACAAUAG